GUACUUAUUAUGUGUACAAUAUGGACGCCCACUAAGCAGUGUUUCAUCUGUCAAAAAAUAAAAAAAAUCUCAAAACUAUCACAUUUGUUAUAGUUUAAUUAGAUAAAUAAUUUUAAAAUUAUAAAAAUGUUGACUGCAGCAGCAAGUACACUGUCAAAUAAUACAGUUAGUUCAUAUAGCAAUGACAGGCCUUAUGGUGCUGGUGGUAGUGAACCAGAAAUUGGCACUGAUCCGGCUUCAGAUAGAUUUUUUCAUUCAGACUAUAAAAAACAUGAAGAUUUAAAACAAAUGUUAGACUCUAACAAAGAUGGAUUAAAACUUGAAGCUAUGAAAAGAAUAAUUGGUAUGGUUGCAAAAGGUAGAGAUGCAUCAGAAUUAUUUCCAGCAGUUGUUAAAAAUGUUGUAUCAAAAAAUAUUGAAGUUAAAAAAUUAGUAUAUGUUUAUUUGGUACGUUAUGCUGAGGAUCAACAAGAUUUAGCAUUAUUAUCAAUAUCAACAUUUCAACGUGCAUUGAAAGAUCCAAAUCAAUUAAUAAGAGCAAGUGCAUUACGUGUAUUAUCAAGUGUACGUGUAUCAAUGAUUGUACCAAUUGUUAUGUUAGCAAUAAAAGAUUCAUCAAGUGAUAUGUCACCAUAUGUACGUAAAACAGCAGCUCAUGCAAUACCAAAACUUUAUUCAUUAGAUUCAGAACAAAAAGAUGAAUUAAUAAGUGUAUUGGAAAAAUUAUUAUCUGAUAAAACAACACUUGUUGUUGGUUCAGCUGUUAUGGCAUUUGAAGAAGUAUGUCCAGAAAGAAUUGAUCUUAUCCAUAAAAAUUAUCGUAAAUUAUGUAAUUUAUUAGUUGAUGUUGAUGAAUGGGGACAAGUUGUUAUUGUUAAUAUGUUAACAAGAUAUGCUAGAACACAAUUUAUAAAUCCAAAUUUGGAUGAUAUUGAAGAUGAUACUGAUCGUCCAUUUUAUGAUGAUGAUGAUGAUUCUGAUUCUGAUGAAUCAACAAUUAAAAAAAAAACAAAAUUAACACUUGAUUCUGAUCAUCGUUUAUUAUUAAGAAAUACAAAACCAUUAUUACAAAGUCGUAAUGCAUCAGUUGUCAUGGCUGUUGCACAGUUGUAUCAUCAUAUUGCACCAAAAAGUGAAGUUAUAAUUGCUGCUAAAGCAUUAAUACGUUUAUUAAGAAGUCACAGAGAAGUACAAAGUAUUGUUCUUCAUUGUAUUGCUAGUAUAUCAGUAACAAGAAAAGGUAUAUUUGAACCAUUUUUAAAAUCAUUUUUUGUACGUACAUCAGAUCCAACACAUAUAAAAUUAUUAAAAUUAGAUAUAAUGACAAAUUUAGCAACUGAAACAAGUAUUGGAAUAAUAUUACGUGAAUUUCAAACAUAUAUAUCAAGUAAUGAUAAAGAGUUUGUUGGUGCAAGUAUACAAGCAAUUGGACGUUGUGCAAGUAAUAUUAAAGAAGUAACUGAUACAUGUUUAAAUGGUUUAGUAUCAUUAUUAAGUAAUCGUGAUGAAGUUGUUGUUGCUGAAAGUGUUGUUGUUAUUAAAAAAUUACUUCAAACACAACCAAAUGAACAUAAAGAUAUAAUAGCACAUAUGGCUAAAUUAAUGGAUUUUAUAACAGUACCACAAGCACGUGCAUCAAUACUUUGGUUACUUGGUGAAUACUCUGGUAGAGUACCAAAAAUAGCACCAGAUGUAUUACGAAAAAUGGCAAAAAGUUUUAUUAAUGAAAAAGAUAUUGUUAAAUUACAAAUAUUAAAUUUAGCUGUUAAAUUAUGUUUAAAUAAUCCAGAACAAACAAAAUUAUUUUGUCAAUAUGUAUUUCAAUUGGCAAAAUAUGAUCAAAAUUAUGAUAUACGUGAUCGUGCACGUUUUUUAAAAUAUUUUAUAUUUAAUGAUGAUAAUAAUCAAAAUAUUAAAAAAUUACCUGAAUUUGCUAAAAAAAUUUUUUUUGCCCAGAAACCAGCACCAAAUUUAUCAUCAAGAAUAAAAGGUUCACAAUAUCAACUUGGUACAUUAUCACAUUAUUUAGAUAUGUCAUGUAAUGGUUAUCGUCAAUUACCUGAUUUUCCUGAUACACCACCAGAUCCAACAGUUCGUGAUGUUGCUGAGCCUGUGUCUGCACAUGAAUUACGUGAUAAUAAUAAACGUCAUCAUACUAAAAAAGAUAAAAAAGAUAAAAAAAUUAAAGAAAAAAAUUUUUACAGUGAAGAUGAUAAUACACCAGUUGAUGAAACUGAUGAUUCUGAUGAUAAUUCAGAUGAUGAUGAUACAUCAAGUGAAUCUUCAGAUAAUGAUAGUGAAUCAUCUGAUUAUUCAACAGAUGAAUCUAAAAAAAUAAAAAAACAAAGCACAAAAUGUAAAAUAAAAUCAUCUAAAUCUGAUAGUUCUGAUAGUGAAGAAGAAGAAACAGAUAGUAAUGAAUCUGAUUCAGAUUCAGAUUCUGAUUCUAAUGAUGAAGAUGAGGAUGAGGAUGAUGGUGAUGAUGAUGAUGAUAAAUCAAAUGAUUCAUCUGAUAAUGAAAUUAUUGAUAAAAAAAAUAAUAAAAAAUUACAAAAAAAUAUCACUGUUAAUGUCAAAGAACAAAUUAAAACAAAAAAUAAUCUUGAUUUAUUAUUAGAACUUGAUGAUAUUGUACCAAUGACACCAAUUAUGACACCAAGUCUUGGUGGUUUAUUAACACCAAUGAAUAUUAUUCCAAUUGAUGGUAUUAAAGAAGUAACAACAUCAUUUAUACCAAUUAAAAAAAUUGAAUUAAUUAAUAAAAUAAAUGGACUUGGUUUAUGUGUUGAAUCAAGAUUUACAAGAAAUCAACAUCUUGUUAAUUCAUCAUUAGUUAGUAUUGAACUUAAUUUUAUCAAUGCUAGUAAUGAACCAAUUAAAAAUAUUAAAAUCGGCAAUAGAAACUUAUCAUCAGGAAUGUCAAUUCAUGAUUUUUCACCAAUUAAUAUUUUACAACCAAAUAUGAAUAUAACAUCAAUACUUGGAAUUAAUUUUAAUGAUUCAAUGCAACCAGCUAAUUUUAAUAUUGAUUUUACAAUUGGUGAUAAAUUUAAUUCAAUUUGUGUUAAUUUAAAAGCACCAAUUGGUGAAAUUAUAAGAGCUAUUCAAUUAUCAGAUAAAAUGUUUAUUUGUGAAAAAGAAAAGCUUAAAGGAAUGAAUGAGCAUUGUGUUAAAAUUAAUUUUUCUGGUAAUAAUAGAGAUCUUGUGCAAAAAGUAUUUGAAGCUGCUAAUCUUUCUGUUAUUUCUAAUGAUAAUAACAUUACAAGAUUUGCUGGUCAUACAUUAACAUCAAAAUCACUGACACUAGUGACUAUUAAAAAUCUUGAUAAUCAACAGUAUGAAGUGUGUGUUAAUUGUGAAAAAAUGGUUAUUGGCUCAAUGUUGUUAAAUGAAAUAAAAGGUAAUUUACACUAAAUUACCUGAAAAAUUUUAAAUGAUAAAUUUUCAAAAAUUAUUAUUAAAAAAAAAAAAUUUAUAUUAUAUUAUAUAUUUAAAAAAAAAUGGGAAAGUUUAUACAAAUAUAUUUACAAUACUCUCCAUUAAGUCUUCAGUAAACUUUCAUUCCACUUAUGAUUUUAAAAUAAAUUUAAAAUAAAUCAUGUUAAUUUUUAAAAUGUUUUUUUAAAAUAAACCAUACAAGUUUUGCAGAGCCUUCUGUUCCACCAUCUUCAAUUUCCCAAAAUCGUAAUCUAUAUUCUUUUUGUUUAAUUAAGAAUUUUUUUAACACUUUAAUAAAAGAAAGAAAAAAGUAUAUGUAUAUUUUGUUAAAUUAAAUAAUAUAAAAAAUG